AUGUUUUCAACCACGCUUGACUUCGAAAUGACGCCAAAUCUCCCAGAAAUACUCGAACGCGACGCCGGCAGUGUACUGCAUCCUUCCAUGAAGUCUGAUACACAAAUCGACGAUUGGAUGGUCGUCUAUGAUCCAGAUAUGGUACUACCCGAACCCGAUGAUAAGAAAGGGAUUCUAGCGUGGCUUGGACUCAACGAAACCGUUUCCGAGGAAGUGCUGAAAGAUUAUGAGGAACGUACCGCCGGCAACGAUCCCGAUGGUCGCCUGCGUCAAGCAAAAACACCAGAAUCCACAUUAGUUUUGAAUCUUUGCAAACUGUUCAUCAGGGACAUGGUACUCAAAUGGGAUUCGAACGACCAGAUAGACUUUGAUAACACCUACACAUCAGAAGAUGAGAGGGAAAGAUGGUAUAUCGAAACGGCAGUAGGCCAUGUUGAGAAUCUCGUGAUAGAGUAUGCUGCUAUGCUAUUGAGAAUGUGGAGAGAGAGGGCAGAUUACAGGUCAAAAGGAGGCAAGAAAGAGACAGAAACGGAGAAUGUUGGUGCAUAA